UGCGUGCGUGUGGGGACGCGCCAGUAUCACUCGUGACGUCAUCAACGCCACUUGAGUUGUGCACUGCCCUAUACAAACCAGUUUCCGCCGCGCCUGGUAUUAACACGGUCACGAGAGGCGCACCAGCGGCAGCGGUGGUCAAAAUGCACACUUUCCUGGUGGUUCUAAUGGCAGUACUGGCUGGAGAAUCGAAUGCAGCCCGUAUUCUGGGUCUGUUUGAUUAUCCGGGAAAGAGUCACUUCGUAAUGUUCGAGGAGGUGAUGAAGGCGCUCGCUGCCAGGGGCCACGAGGUGUUUGUCUACAGCCACUUCCCUCAAGCUAAGCCCGUACCAAACUACACAGACAUCAGCCUGGUCGGUUCUCUGCCUUCCGUGGUGAAUGGAAUUCCAGUGGACGAUAGGUUUGGUAGAGAUGACCCUUCGGUAACAUUUAAACUACUAGAAAGCCUCACAGUGCACGCGUGUGAUAAGCUGCUGCAGUUCCCCCCAAUGCAACAACUAAUGAAGUCAAAUGAAAAAUACGACCUCAUCUUCACCGAGCCAUUCACGACUGACUGUAUGCUGCCCUUCGUGUACAAAUUUCAGGCACCCAACAUUGCACUCAUUUCUUCUGUCUUUAUGCCAUGGAAUCUAGAUCGCUUUGGUUUACCUGAAAAUCCGUCUUAUUUGCCUUACAUGUUUCUACAGAGCAGUGACCACAUGAGCUUCUUUGAGCGUCUGAGGAACACGUGGUAUGUAACCUUUAGCAAGUUAUUCUUUUACGAGUAUAUGAACAAACCUACAAAUACGGUCGUCAGGAAGUAUUUCGGCGACUCUCUCCCUUCUUUAGAGGAAAUCGCUAAAAAUACUAGUAUGCUAUUCGUCAAUUCAAAUCCAACUUUGAAUCCUCCGCGGCCAAUCGUACCAGCUGUUGUGGAGGUCGGCGGAAUACACAUCAAACCUGCGCAGAAGCUCCCAAAGGACAUCCAGGAGUUCAUGGACGGAGCCGAUCAUGGAGUAAUUUUCUUCACAUUUGGUUCGACAGUUACUGCCAAGGAUUUGAGUGAAGAGAAACGGAAGGCCAUACUGGAAUCCUUCGCAGAACUACCUGAACGUGUGCUGUGGAAGUGGGAGGAUGAUGAAUUGCCGGGAAAACCACCCAACGUGAUGGCGCGCAAGUGGCUGCCUCAGUAUGACAUACUAAGUCAUCCUAAAAUGCGACUGUACAUUUCUCACGGAGGUCUGAUGGGAACUAUAGAAGCCAUUUACAACGGGGUACCUAUGAUAGGCAUUCCGCUGUUCGGGGACCAGCCUUCUAACGUAAUGAUGUGUGUGAAAAGGGGCGUCGCCCGUCUGCUCCGCUUUCACGAAAUAUCGAAACAUUCGCUAUUGCAGAACAUAAGAGAGGUGAUUAACGACCCUAGGUAUAAGCAAAGGGCUGUAAAGCUGUCACAGGUGUACAAGGACAGGCCCAUGAGUCCUCGGGAAGCUGUUGUCUACUGGUCAGAGUACGUCAUCCGACACAAAGGAGCCAGGCACCUGCGUUCCGCUGCCCUCGAUCUGCAGUGGUACCAACUGCUGCUACUGGAUGUUCUGGCCGUCGUCUUCGUCGGUGUAGUGGCAGUCGUGGUCGUGGGUGUUGGUCUUCUGCAGCUAGUCUUGCGAAAAUUUGGGCUACUGAAAGAGGAGUCGUUGGCAGAUCCUUCACUGCAGAAGAAAGAGCAGUAGUUUCGGCUGCCCUAUUUGACGAUUCAGUAGCUUCAUCGUCUUCUAAACUGAAAGGAACUUGUUAACAGAACCAUGGACUGGGAUAUUACGUUCUACUAGGACUAGCGUUUCAAUAUAUUUUCGUAGAUAACGUGACUCAAAUUCCUUUUGGGAAAAGUGGUAGCUUUCCAAAGACGAUCAAAUAUCGCCGUUUGCUGUUUCAUAAACGUGCCUAGCAUUACUGUGUAGAAUGUAAGGUAUAUGAUAUCGAAAGGCAAAGAUAAAUCCAAAAUUUCAAGUAGUUAUAUUCAAGAAACCCUUUAAGUUACAGAUGGAUGACAGUCAUUUGGGGGCAUUGUAUACUCUCAUGUCUUCCACCUACUAAUGUGACAGUUACCGUUCUUGCUGCCAUGCACAUUACAGGUAUUUGUCGCAGUGCAGUGAUGGGAGAAAUAAAACGUGUUUCUAAGAGCAAAUAGUAAUUGUGUAAACAGAACGAAGCUGACAGCAUAGUGAAAACGUUAAGUAACAUUUCUCGCACAACUUUCAGCACGGUAACAGCCGUCAUGUGAUGAUUUUACACUCCCUUGAUAUUUUAGAAGAGAGUUUAAAUUUCAAGAGGAGAAGUUUUAUGCAGGUAUCUCCUCUUGGUGUUCAAAGACUUCCAGUUAUGACCGUACUGUCACGGUAAUACAGCAAACUGCACUAUCAUCGCUUUUUCGGAGGGUACUGAAAUAGCGCAAUCAGUUGGAAAAGUAUAGUACACAAACGCUGUACUUGCAAAGAUGCAGUUGUUGCACGUUAUCAAUAGUCACAACUCACUACUCGAGUCUAGUCUUUCCAUUUAGUUCAGCUAAACUAGUAAUUUACGAUAUUUAUACUCUAAAAAUGUUUCGAACCCACAGUCUGAAAAUGUUGUAAAUUUUCAUAAAUAUGUAACGUUUUCAUAAUUGUGUCAACGGUAAUAAAUUUUUGAAUUUUUUGUUCAUUCA